UUGUUACGUGCCGUGGCCUCCUUAGUCCGUGAUGAAGCUGCAUGGUUGGCCGAAUUGGAAGUGCUGGACACGGGCAAACCCUUAUGGGAAGCCAAAGCUGAUAUCGAUGCCUGCGCGGAUUCGUUCGACUUGUUUGCCGGUUUCAUUCCCACAUUGUCCGGAUCUCACGUUCCCGUUCCUCCGAAUCCCGGCACCUUUUACUACACUCGUCGGGAACCGUUUGGUGUAUGUGCCGGUAUUGGAGCAUGGAAUUUUCCUUUUCAGAUGGCUGUAUGGAAGUCUGCACCAGCCUUAGCGGCCGGAAAUGCGAUGGUUUUCAAACCUUCCCCGUUAACUCCGUUGACGUCUACGCGUUUAGCCGACCUGUUUAUCAAAGCCGGCUGCCCGAAGCAUUUGUUCUCAGUGAUCUUAGGCGGACCCGAUGUGGGUCAGGCUCUGAUCAAUCACGAGGGAAUUUCUAAAGUUUCGUUUACUGGUAGUGUGACUGGCGGUCAGGCUGUUCUGCGUGCUGCAGCGCACAGAAUCAUACCCGGCACGGUUGAAUUGGGCGGGAAAUCUGCGCUGAUCAUUAUGUCUGAUGCUGACCUGGACGAGGCUGUUAAAGGUACUUUAAUGGCAAAUUUCUACACUCAGGGACAGGUGUGUUCGAACGCCUCGCGUGUAUUUGUACACAACUCCAUCUACGAUGCGUUUACCAAAAGGUUACUCAGUUCCGUGCAACGCUUGAAAUUAGGCGAUCCAUUCCAAUCGGACACGUCAAUGGGUGCACUGAUCACACCGGAACAUAUGCACAAAGUCUGCGGUUAUAUUUCCAGUGCCGUUGUCGAGGGUGCCAUACAGUUGUAUGGUGGCACAAAACCCCAGUUUCCCGAGGGCUCGAAUCUCGCUCAGGGUAAUUUCUUGCUACCGUGUAUCCUGACCAAUUGUCACGAUCGGAUGAAGGCGGUACGAGAGGAGAUUUUCGGACCAGUAAUCACGCUGCUCCAAUUCGAAGAUGAAGAAGAGGUGAUUAGUCGUGCAAACAGUAGUGAAUUGGGCCUGGCCGGUGGUGUAUUCACACAAAAUCUGGCCACAGCUCAUCGGAUUGCUGCGCAAUUGCAGUGCGGUUCGGUCUAUGUGAACAGUUUCAAUUACUACCCACCUGGCAUCCCGUUUGGAGGCUAUAAACAGUCUGGGUUCGGUCGCGAGAACGGCAUAGACACACUUCUGGCCUACACGCAACUGAAAGCUGUUUAUGUUGAGGGUGGCCAACUUCCGGACCCAUUUCCUGUGGAGUAG